UACGGGCUGGCUUUAACUUGCGGAGAAAAAAAAUUAAAAAUAGAAGAAAAAAACUUUACUUUGAACACAUUUAUUAUUUUACAUUUUAAAAUAUUUUAAUAAUUAUAUAAAUCAAAAUAUUUCGAUCUGUUCUAAAUUUCUUUCAUGUUCGAGCUUGCGCAUGUGGAUACGUCAUCAAUAAGCGCCGUAAAGCGACGGGACCAGGGAGAGAAAACUGACCUUCUCCUUUGCUUCGUCGCUUGACCUAAGUCAAGCAAGGAGCACCUUGAUGGUUUUUGCCUGCUACGUUUGAUUUUUCCACAGCUGCUGUCUUGUACUGCCCCUGAACCAUGCCCAGGACGAGGGAUAUCCCCACACUGCAGGAGCUGAAGGUGGACGAGAUCGCUGUGUCAUCUGCAGUGCUAAAAGCUGCUGCCCACCAUUAUGGCUCCCAGUGUGACAAAGCCAACAAGGAGUUCAUGUUGUGCCGCUGGGAAGAGAAAGACCCCAGGAAGUGUCUAGAAGAAGGGAGGAAGGUCAAUGAGUGUGCACUCAACUUCUUCAGGCAAAUCAAGGGGAACUGCGCGGAGUCCUUUACAGAGUACUGGACCUGUCUGGAUUACACCAACCUGGCAGAACUGCGUCACUGCCGCAAACAGCAGCAAGCAUUCGACAGCUGCGUCCUCGACAAACUUGGUUGGGAGAGACCUGAACUGGGAGAUCUAUCAAAAGUGACCAAAGUGUCGACUGCUAGACCCUUACCAGAAAACCCCUACCACUCUAGACCUCGUCCUGAGCCGAACCCAGUCAUCGAGGGGAAGCUGGAGCCUGCCAAAUACGGCAGCAGGCUAUUCUUUUGGAGCUGGUGAUUAAAGCUCGCUAGAGAAAAGUCUGAAUAAGACCCUAUAGAGCCAUGAGUUUUGUCUAAAAACAGCCGAACCACUUCUGAGCAUUGAUGGAUUCACAAUACUCGAAAGAGUGAAAUGGUUUUUGUUCAAACACAAGUAUCGAAAUUCUGGCUGUGGUUCUUUUUCUUUGGACAGCACUCAUGUCUGAUUGUUGGAAAAUGAUAUUUUGUCUUUUCUGGCCACUUCUGUAAAUUAUUGUUGUCAGAAAAUAAAAAUACAAAUUUUACCUCUGGAA